AUGGGAAAAUGGGACCCCGGGAUAGGGGGACAGCGGGGCUCCGGGGAGCAGCGGCACUGGGACCCCGGGAUAGCGGGCCACGGAGACCCCGGGACCCCGAACCCCGGGAAAGCGGGACACGGGGACCGCGGGACACCGGGACACCACUGCAAGAAGAGCCAGAAGAAGAAGAAGAAGGCGGCUGAGGCCAGGGCAGGCGCUCAGGAGGGAGGGGAUGAGGCGGCAGGGCGGGUGGGCGCCAUCGAGGCCCUCACACGGGCCGGACACCGGGCGCUGGCCCUGGGCGCGGCGCGGGAGGCAGUGGGGUGCUUCAGGAAAGCCCUGCUCCUCUCCAGGGACACAGCGAGCCCCCGGCUCCACAGGGCUUGUGCCUUCAACCUGGGAGCUGCCUACGUGGAGACUGGGAAGCCCAAAAAGGGCUUUGAGUUCCUCCUCCAGUCCCAGCCCUCAGAGGCGGAGAGCGGGGACCACUCAGGGAGCCUUUAUUUCAGCGUCGGGGCGGCUCACGAAGGGCUCCAGGAUUUUCCAAAGGCUCUGGAGUGUUUUGAGCAAGUCUCCGGGCACGCCGGUGCUGCUCAGGCUGGCAGCCGAGCGGGGACCUGCGUGCAGAUGGGCUGCUGCUACCUGGGCAUGCGGGAGCCGGCGCGGGCCGCGCGGUGCUUCCUGGACGCGGCGCAGGCCUACGCGGCGGCGGAGAGCCCCGGGGCCGCGGCCGUGGCUCUGAGCAGGGCGAGCGGCUCCAUGCUGCAGAGCCGGCGGUUCCGGGCCGCGGACAUCGCCGGCGUCCUCGCCCGGUGCCGCUCGCUCUGCGAAUCCAUCCCCGACCCGGCCCUGCGAGGGAAACUCUACAGCGACAUCGGGCUCGGCUACUCGCAGCUGCACAUCUUCUCCCUGGCUGCCGAGAGCUUCGAGCGGGCGCUGGGGCUGUGCGGCGGGGAGCGGGACCGGCAGCGGGAGGCGGCGCUGCUGCAGAACCUGGGCGCGGCCCUCAACGCCCUGCGCAGCUUCGGCACCGCGCUGGGCUGGCACCGGCGAGCGGCCGCGCUGCACGGUGCUCUGGGGAACUGCAGGGCUCAGGGGCAGAGCUUUGGGAACCUGGCGUUCGCCUGCAGCCAGCUGGGGAAGCACGGGGAUGCUGCCGAGAGCUACCUGCACGCCCUGCAGGCCUUCAGGGACUCGGGGGACUUGCAGGGGCAGUGGCAAGCGUGUGAGGGGCUGGGUGCAGCGUAUUUGCACCUGGGACAUCCCCAGAAAGCCAUCGAGCACUAUCAGGAGGCCCUGGUUUUGCUUUCCCGCUGUCAGGACAGCCCCAGAGCUGCCCACAAACGGGUGGUGCACAAGCUCACAGAUGCCAUCCAGCACCGACUCCACCUCAGCCACCUCUCCUACCCUAACCCAGGCCUGGAGCCCAGCCAGCUGCGGUUUUGCUCCACACUGCCCCGUGCCAGUAGGACACAGCUCCAGGGGAGCAAGGUGGGGAAAGCCCAGGCUGAGGACGAGCUGUACUGGUGUGCACCAGGAGCACAUCCCAGGUAUUCAGGCACAAGAGUGGCCCUGACUGGUGGUCUCUCACUGGAGCCUUGCAACCCAAGUGGCCUCCUGGGCACCUCUGGGGAGGAUGAUGAUGGUCCCAGCUCAGCUCCAGGGUAUCACAGUGAGCCCCAGGCUAACAGCACGAGGACCACCAGCCCCCUGCCCCCGGCCAAGCUGCCCCAUGCCAGCCUCCAGCUCCGGCACCAAAAACACCAAACCCUCCAUCAGAGGCCUCCAGAGAGCCGUGACAAUGACCCCGCUGCUACUGCUGCCGGCUGCUGGUCCCGCCGGGGACCCCGCACGGCCACCAGGACUCUGUCCCUCGUCUGUAGCCUCGUGUGA